GGCUCUCCUUUCCCUGCUUCCCACUGGCUGGGCCCCUGUUGUAAAAAGGGGAGGCGAGGAGGGGCAGAUUAAGUCAUCGGAUGAGUAAGAUAUAAAGUUUUCUUCGGGAAACGAGUCCCAGCAGAGAACCCCGCCGUGCUUCACCGAGCGAGGAGAGGAAAAUCUUGAUUUUGGCUCCCGGUGUCCAAGCCAGAGAGGGGAUGCUGAACGCAGCUUAAGAGAAACACUGAAUUUUUUUCCCCUCUCUGUUUUUAACAGUGGGGUUAAAAGUGGGGAGACCCUUAAUGCUGGAGAGCUUCUUCCGGGAUUCCUGAAUAUUGGAUGCCUUCAAUCGUGCUUGGAUCUUGAAUUAUCCUUUGCGGAGAUUUGAGCCGGAUGGUGCUGGGCACGCCAGGAAUCAUGCCAGCUUGGACGCUCGUAUCCAUCAUGGCUUGUGGCCUCCUGAUGCUGUGCCCCCGGGGGUCCCCCACCAGCAUGGGCCACCCACUGCCCAAACCCCUCCAAGGCCCAUACACCCCUCACCCGUCGUUCAGCCACCCCCCGCUAUUCGGACCGGAUAAAGCUUCUCCCGCGGCGUCCGACGACUACGACUAUGACGAAGAUUAUUACGACAACUUUCAGUCCACCGAGUCUCCCCGUUCCCUCUCGCCGGGGUCGCCGACCCCUUUUUGUGCCUACGACCGCUGCAAACACCUCCAAGUGCCUUGCGGGGAAUUGAGCCGCCUGAGCAAAUGUUUAUGUCCCGGAGUCACCGGCCCAGACAUAACCCCGGGCGCUCCCCGUUUACGAGCGGUCCACGUCAGCGAUACCCGCGCGAGCUUGCACUGGUGCGCCCCCUCGUCCACGGUCCAUGUGUACCACCUCAAGUACUGCCGCCCCGGCGAGGAUUUUGUUUUGGGGCCGCCGCUAAACAGCACUGUCCGCGUCGCGGCGCUUUACGACCUUGUCCCUGGCACCGAAUAUCUCCUCUGUGUCGUGGCGGCCAACCGAGCUGGGUUCAGCCCGACGGACGACGGUGUUCGAGAACAUGGGCCGUGCCGCCAGGUUCGAACCCCGACUCACCAGAUGACCUAUGUCUAUAUAGCGGUGGGUUUGGGCUGUGUUCUAAUCCUGGGGGUGGUUUCUAUCCUGUUGUGGCAUUUCUACACCCGGAAAGCCAAACCCAUCCAGCACGGAUCCUUGGAUAAUAUCCUGGAUGGGGAGCUGAGUUCGGGACACGCCGGAGCAACCAACAGCUCGUUCCGGACGGAAGAACAACUGUGAUGGAGGCUUCCUAGUGCCAGUUCCUACUUGUGUCCCCUUUUGGACAAUGGCCGAGUAUCUUUUUACGGAGGGGACACUGAGGCACAAUCACUUUAGGCUGUUCCAGUGUGGAAGAUAGACAGACUCCCAUGAUGGACAGUCGGAGCGAAACUUCACUUUUCUGCCAGACAAUCGUUUUCAGAGUGAAUUGAUUCUCUUUACGGGACUGCAGGUGGUCCUCGACUUACGGACGUGUGUUGAGCGACUGUUCCGGGUUAAAACGGCGCUGUAGAAAGACGACUAACCAUCAAUUCUCAUACAGAACGACGCAAUACAGCUUCCCCAUGGUAACAUGAUCAAAAGUAUGUAUCUAUGAAGGCGGUGGAGCCCCCCAGGGUCACGCGAUCCCCAUUUGUGACGUCACCAGCAGGCUUCCGACAAGCAAAAUCAAUGGGGGAAGCUGAUUCGCUUAAUGACCGUGCGAUUCACUUGGCAACUGUGGCAAAAAAAAAACUUGUAAAAUUGUGCUGUCUUAUAGCAGCCCUGCUUAGCAAUGAACAUUCUGGUCCCAAUUGUCGUCAUAAGUCGAGGACUACUUGCAUUCUCUUUUCCUUCCUUCCUUCCU